AUGAUUGACGAAAUCGUCACUCAUCAUUUACCAAACACAUUUUCCCCUCGAGGUCCUAGACGUCAAACUAGGAAUGAUGGUGAAAUUCGUAUUCUAGCGAAUAGAAACCGUGAAGAAGGGCAUAACCGGUUUUUUAAGGAUUACUGCGCGGAUUUCCUGGGACGUAGCGGGAAUGCUAGCCUCAUUCUUGAAGCUGUUGCGGAUCAAGAUCUAUGGAUUUGGCAUUCAUUUUUUGGUAUCCCUGGUUCAUGCAAUGACCUUAAUGUUCUUUAUCGUUCACCUGUGUUUGAUGAUGUUUUGCAAGGUACAACACCUCCUAUAAAUUUUCAGGUGAAUGAAAAUGAAUACAACAUGGGGUAUUACCUAAGAGAUGGUAUUUUUCCAAAUUGGGCUACGUUUAUCCAAGGAUUUACUCGUCCUCAACUUCAAAAGCAUAAGCUAUUUGCUGAUAGACAAGCACAUGUUCGGAAGGAUGUUGAACGUGCGUUUGGAGUUUUACAAGCGAGGUUUGCCAUUAUACGACAACCUUCUCUUGAUUACGAUGAAGAUAUAUUAUCUGACAUAAUGAAAGCUUGUCUCAUCAUGCACAACAUGAUAGUUGAGGAUGAACGAGACAUGUAUGUCCGAGCUGAUGUGUUAAGAAGGUAA